CCGUCGCGGUACGUACACGUGUAAAGUGCGCUCGACGCGCGGCGGAAAUAGUGCUCGCUCUCGGUGAUAGUGUUGUGCGGGUGAUGCUGCCCGCGCUAGUGCUGCUGGCGCUGGCGGUGGCCCCCGGGCCCGCCGCCGCGCGCCGACACGCCCCCGACCUGCGGGAGGACGAACCGGCCCGGCGGAAUACCAGGCCCGCCGAAUGUCAGUUCGGCAAGCAGGCGAAGGAGCUGGGGUCGACGUGGUUCGCGGACCUGGGCCCGCCCUUCGGCGUCAUGUACUGCAUCAAGUGUGAGUGCAUAUCGGUACAGAAAAAGCGGAGAGUAGUGGCGAAGGUCCACUGCCGAAAUAUCAAGAACGAGUGUCCUGAACCCACGUGCGAUACGCCAGAGCUGCUGCCUGGUCGCUGCUGCAAGUCCUGUCCUGGAGACGUUGAUUCUCCAGAUAUUGUUCAAGAAGACAGCCCGACUGCAGUUAUUACUACUAAUGAAGACGAUGAAUUGAGCCUUAAACAUUUCGGAGCUCUCCUAACCGGUCGCUCGCCCCUCUGCAUCCAACGGGACGACAUGAGUGGGGUACCAGUAGCUCCUGGUAUCGCCACAGCGCGCUUCACCUUCCGUCGCCGCCACCUCUUCUGGUCUGUCAUCAUGGGACCGUCCAUCGUGGUGCCACCACGGGCGCUGGCGUUCCUGGACAGAAGUGGCAGGAUGCUGCUAGAGCAUCCACUGAAGAAGGCACCAGGAAUUCAUGCGACGUAUGAGGAGAAAACGGAUAAGCUAUGCGGCGUUUGGAGGCGAGUACCGCGCGACUACAAGCGCCUGCUUCGAGAAGGUUCGCUGUAUGUCGCCCUGCUGUGGGGUGAUGAAAGGAAUAACUCCAUGGACAGCGCCCUCAGCGGUCGCAUCAACAGGUACCCGGCGUUAUCGACGGAGAUGUUUACGUCACUCCUGGAACCGGAGCACGCGCCGGCUACCAUCAGCAGCAGCGCCUGUGACAACUACAGAGUCCCUGGCCAGGAGGAGGGCUGGUGGGGAGGCACCGCCAUCGUCACAGGUGCUGCUGGAGCCGCACCAAGCAUCCACCUGGCCGUUAUCUACAAUGGCGUCUUCUCAGCCGCUUCUAGAGAACAGAGUGUUAAGGUGCUCCUGACGCUGCCGGAGAGGAACCAGACUAUUAUCAAUGAGACCCAAAAAAUCACGAAGCCAGGAUACGAAUUGAACGUUUUGGAAGUUUCGACACCAGUGUCUGCUGCUGAACUCAGGUCUUUGGCCAGGGGUAGGCUCCUGUUGUCGGUGGAGGCCAGUGGAGUACCUGAAAGGAGGAUCUCUGGAGCAGUCCGUCAGAGGGCAGCCUGUGAGGUCUUCCAUGCUCCACUGAUGGCUGAAAGACCACCAGCUUCCGCUGUUCCCGAAGGCAUGGCCAUGAUUUAUAUCGACAAAGAAGGAUCUUUGGUUUAUGAUAUUCAGGUGGACAACCUAGGCAUACCUGACCCUAAGAUCACUCUAGUGGAGGAGCAAGGCAAACGUCAUUCACAAGUGGAAAUCCUGGACACAAGAAUGGGAGUUCUGACCAGACCCAGCGCUCGCAUCUUCCCCCCGCUGUAUGAGGAUCAACUGGCGGUUCACAUUGGAUCUGAUACUGGUCCACCGAUUCUCCGUGGUCGUCUGCUGUCCAGGUCACUGCCGGACUCAGCGAGCGAGGGUCCCGCGCUGCUGCGACGAACUGACGCCAGGAUGCCCCCCACCAUCACCCCAGUUGCCGGUCUCGCCUGGGUGUCUGUUGACAAUCUGUGUGGAGUUAACUACGAGGUUUUCAUCAACGGCUACAACGGUCCCUGGUACGCGUACCUGGAGUGCCACGCCUUCCCCGUCUCCGGGCCCAGGGCUCUCCCCGGCUCCGAGGGUUCCAUCCUGGAGCCGACCGCGGCGGAGCUGACGGCGCUGAACGCGGGCGCCGCCUACGUCAACAUACGGACGUCGGACAACGAUAGCGCGAUACUGCGCACGCGAGUACCUCAGAUAAGCGUGCCAGGCUCCUGCCUGCCGUCCACAUACCCGUCCGACACGGACCUCGGUCCCAGCUACCAGCCCACCCAUAACACGCCACCCGACAACACGCUACCCAACACCGCGGUCUGCCAGUACGCCGGGAAACUGUACGAGGACGGCGCGCAGUGGAUGUCUGCUGAGUCAUGUCACAUGUGCGGUUGCGUGCACGGCGAGACGCGGUGCGACCGCGUGCGCUGCCCGCCGGUCAGCUGCGCCGUGCCCACCAUACAGCCGCCCGGCCAAUGCUGCCCCAUCUGUACCAACACAACCGCUGCGGUGUGGAACGAGUCCCACGGCUGCCACCUCUCUGGGCAGUACCACGCGCCAGGCUCCUCCUGGCACCCGUAUUUAGUGCCGGGAGGUUAUGACACUUGCGCGAUCUGCACGUGCGAGUUCAGCACGCGGCAGGUGCGGUGCCCGCGCGUGCGCUGCCCGCCGCUGCGGUGCGCGGAGAAAGACGCGUACAGGCCGGAUAAGAAGGCGUGCUGUAGGGUGUGUCCGGAGGUGAAACCGAAGAAAGCAGACGAGGAGUCCCUCAAGGACCAGGCGGCGCCGCGCACCGCCGAGGAGAUUCUGGCGGAGGGCGGGUGCAAGUUCCCUGACGGGCCGCUGCCCAACGGCAAGGAGGUGCACCCCUCCAUACACUCACAUGGCGAGCAGAGAUGCGUCACUUGCAGAUGCAAGGAUGGGGAGGUCACCUGCGUCCGCAAGCGCUGCAACCGCGCGGCGUGCGCGCGACGGCGGCGCGGCGACGGGUGCUGUUCGUGCGCACGACACCGCCGCCAGCGAGCGCCGCGCCCGCACAGCUGAGCGACACACGUGCACGGAGCAAACGUUACACUAUGAGCGUAUCCACAAGGGGCGAUUGGCGAACGCUGCGAUUCGUCCGCGAGUGAGCGGGCACCUUGACUGUCCAAGGACUAGCAGAGUUCAAGGCUCAGGCAUUUUCUAAUCAAACUUUGCGAGGCAUAUUGCAUCGCAUCGUCGCGUUAGGAUUUUAGAGCUUCAAGGCUCAGGCAAUUUCCGAUUGAACUUUACGAUAUUGGGAACCCAGUUUUCCUGCGUUCUGCUUCUGCCCCUCAAUGGACAAGGUCCGAAUCGCUAGCCCCGGAAGACAUUCUGUUGAAGUAAUUUUUCUGUGGUGACUACGUGGUUCGCGAAUUGGUAUUUCCGCCUGUCGUACUGGCCGUUAAAAAAUUGGCCCUAAUGUUAUAAAUUUUUUACAUUGGUGAUAAAACGUAACUUGUAACAUCACAAUGUGCACCUAAUAUACUCUGGCACGAAUCAAUCAGUAUUUUAUUAUUUAAUUCGCAGCUCGAUUUUGUGCAUCGUAAUCGAUUUCAUAAACUAAUCGUUAUUAACGAAAAUCAUCGUAUGCUCAUGAGUUUAACGGUUUACUCUACUAUGUAAACUAGGCUUACCCCCAGACUGCUCCUAGGCUAAGUGUGAGUGAACGCUUCGCUCUAUAGACUGAUAUAUUUUUAUGUAUUCUUGCGUAAUGUGUUUACCAUUAUGGUGUGCGGCGGUCGGCCGCGCGACUGCGCGCUGCGUUUCUAUGAAUAUUCAUUUCCCACCGGUAUUGCUAAUUGGUAUUAUCUCUAUAAAUUGAACGCGUUUCGAAAAAACGCAGCGGCCGUCGCGCGGCUGAAUCGCUCCGUGUGGAAAGUUUGCGAUGUUAAAGAUGUGCCAUAUUUUCUUAAUGUAAAUAAUAAAUUAUUAAACUUUAUUUUACAUAUGUGCAUAUUUAUUAUCGACUAUGAUGUACGUUAAACAUGGUCUAUGUGACGAUUAAUCGAUUGUUAUUAUUUAUUACGCCUAAUAAAAUGUAUCAUUAAUUGGUUAUAAUAUUUUAUUGGAAUAAUUUAUUGGUUAUAAUAUUAUGAAAGCAAUUAUAGAUUUAAAGAAUUUCGAAAAUAAUUUUCGACGUUGUUGUGGACAAAAUUUGGGUAGGCUUAAAGUCUAUACUUACUUAAAAUAUUUUUGUAGAUAUAAAAUUGGUUGCCGAAAAUAGUUUUAUUCAUGUUAAUAAUACGCUAGAUCGUGAUGGUCAUUCUUGUUAUUAAAUAUAAUUAAUUGUCAUUAGAUUGACCAUUUUUACUGUGCAUUUGCUUGUAGUUUGUAUAACUCUAUGUAUAAACCAUCCCGUUUAAAUGUUACACUUGAAUCAUCUGUUAGCUUAUAACAUCUUUUAUUUGCCUGUGUUAACAUGUAGAUAAUUUAGGUAAAGUUAAGUUCGUUUUAAAUUAUAUUCAGAUGAUAUUUUGUAAAUAUUUUUUAUAAUAUACUUAUAUAAAGUAAUGUUUUACAGUUUUAUAUCGAAGUAGAUACGUUACUCAUAAACGAUAAAUUAGGUUUUGUCGCGACUAGUUUUGUUUAAUUACUAGGUAAAACGUUCUAUAGUUACGUAAUUAAGAAAGCUAGUCCCAGUGAGUUGAUGUGAUGAAUUGAAUGCCAUGUAGCUAAGAAUGUCUGCUUAUGAUACAUAAUAUACGUUUUAAAUAAGAAUAGGAAAUAUUUAACGUCAAUAUACCAAAUGCACCAAAACUGGUUGAAAACAUUUUUUUUGCAGUCGUGCGUUUUUGCGACGCAGUGUGAAAACCUACUACAUAUAUUUUUUACAUUUCUCUUCUAAUCUUCUUUAAAACGUGUAUCCUAAUAUAAUAUUAGUUAUUAUAAGAGUAUUUUUGCUUUUACGGCAUUAAAAUAUAUUUCAAAGUUGUUGUUAAAAACAUUGCCAAAAAAAAUUAAAAAACUUUUUCGCGUCUUUGUGGGUUCUAGUCCUUCAAAAUUAUGUAUGUAUCAUAGUUGUACUCGAUUUCGAUUGGCAAAAAUAUAUUGUAUAAUUAAUUACACAGUAAUUAUUAGAUUUUAAAAUUAAAGACGAAGGUUCAUAGUUCGUGUGCAACUAGAUGACUCGAAUUGGUCUAAAUAUUGAAAAGUAAAUUAUAGUAAUUUAAUAAACUUAGUAGUACUAAAAGUAUGUACUUGUUUAUUUCAAUUUGAAUUACACUAUUAAUUGUUGCUGUUA